CACUCCUCACUCGGGUCCUCAUGUUCCUAUAAGAAGCGCACCCCGGGAGCACAUAGUGCAGACCAGAGAGGAGACCGCGCAGAGCACAGCAGAGGACCCCUUAAACACGCCGUGCGGCACAUCCUACACUACGACUUUUAAGCUAUCCCCAAAAAAAUGAUGCAUUCCAUUUCGUGUGCUUGGAUCAUUUUAGGCAUAUUUGUGCACUCGGUGGCAGCAGAUCCUGGCACCGGAGACUCUCCGGUUCCUGUCUCCUGUUCCAUGAGGGGUUUGGACUUGAAAAGAGAGUCAGUUCAGGUUCUGUGUCCUCCUGGCUGUACCGACCAGCAGCCGUCUGUUUAUGGAGACUCCGUGUAUGCAGCAGUGUCCAGCAUUUGUGGUGCAGCCAUACACAGAGGGGUCAUUUCCAGCACUGGUGGAGUAGUAUCCCUGCGCAGACUUCCUGGCCAGCAAAAUUAUCCUGGAACCUACGCUAAUGGUGUCCAGUCACAGAGCCUCAGCAAAUGGUCAUCCUCGUUCUCUGUUUCCAAAUUUAAGAGUAGGGGAAUGGAAGUCUCCGGAAAACCAGUGUCCACCCAGGUGUCCCCUACAAGCAGGCGUCAAAAGAAAACCCCAGAGAAGUCAACAGGCAACAAAGACUGUAAGGCUGAAAUUGCUUUUGUAAUUGAUGGCAGCAACAAUAUUGGACGGCGAAGAUUCAACUUGCAGAAACACUUUGUGGCUAAAGUAGCCCUGAUGCUGGGAGUUGGUACAGAUGGCCCACACGUAGGUGUGGUACAAGCAAGUGAAAUGCCCAAGACAGAGUUCUUCCUGAAAGACUUUACCUCCUCCAAAGAUGUCAUGUUUGCUGUGAAGGAAAUCAGCUUUAAAGGAGGAAACUCCAAUAUCGGAAAAGCAAUAAAGCACACGGCUCAAAGCUUCUUUACAGCCUCCAAUGGGGUGAGGAAGGGAAUUCCGAAGGUCAUGGUGGUGUUAAUCGAUGGGUGGCCUUCAGACAACAUUGAGGAGGCUGGAAUAGUUGCCAGGGAGUUUGGCAUCAAUGUCUUUAUUGUGUCUGUGGCACCACCCACAUCCGAGGAGCUUGGAAUGGUGCAGGAUGUGGCAUUCAUAGACAAGGCGGUUUGCCGAAACAACAGCUUCUUCUCCUUCCACAUGCAAAGCUGGUUUGGCACAACCAAGUAUUCCAAGCCGUUGGCACAGAGGUUAUGUUCUCACGAGCAUCUUCUCUGUAGCAAGACCUGCUACAACUCUGUCAACAUUGGCUUUCUGAUCGAUGGCUCUAGCAGCGUCGGAGACUUUAACUUCCGCUUGAUGCUCGAGUUCAUAAUGGCGGUUGUGCGCGCUUUUGAGGUCUCUGAUGUUGGUGCCAAAGUGGGAGCUGCCCAGUUUACCUAUGACCAGCGUCUUGAGUUUGGCCUCAAUGACUUCACUAGCAAGGAGGAGGUGGUUCAAGCCCUUCGAAAUAUCCGCUACAUGAGCGGCGGUACAGCCACUGGAGAUGCCAUCAACUUUGCCGUACGCAACUUUUUCCAGUCAACUAAGGAAGGACACAACAAGAAUUUCCUGGUCAUAAUCACCGACGGGCAGUCAUACGACGAUGUCAGGGGACCUGCAAUUGCUGCACACAGAGCAGGUGUAACGGUGUUCUCUGUGGGUGUUGCGUGGGCACCACUCGAAGACCUUAAGGACAUGGCCUCGGAGCCCAAAAACUCUCACACGUUCUUCACCAGGGAGUUCCCGGGGCUGGAGCAAAUUGCACCAAGUAUUAUCCGUGGGAUUUGCAGAGACUACCUGGACUCGCAGAAGUGAGGAAGCCAAAUGCACUCCCUUACGGGAGGUUUAAAGGGCAGCAGGUUAAAGAAAGAAUCGGGUCAUCAUUUCUAUAUAGGGGUAAUAAAGCUACAUUCAGCAACUAUACACAUCAGAUGAAGAAACAGUAGGAAAGCACUUAACCACCUAAGUGCGAGAGAGGCUAGCAGGGAAUUGCUUAAUAUUCCAGACUCCCCUGCCUCUCUGGCACUCCAAAGGUUAAAUGUUAUUUUAGGUAUUUGCGUUUGCAUCUUUGCUAAAUGUGUACAUUCUUCACCCAACACCCAUGGAUUGUACUGAAAACCUUCUGUUAAAUAACCUGCACAUUAAACUGUUACAAGCUUUGAACCUACUAACAGCCUGGGAACAUACAACAUAUUGCAAGCUUUUUAACAUACCGGAAAUGGGUACAAUAUAUAUAUAUAUUUUUUAUAAAAUAAAAACGUUAUAUAUAG